AUGUCCUUGAGCCUAACAGUGCUGUUCGCGCCGAUGGAGGGCUUCGGACACAUAAACGGGUGCCACGGGUUGGCCGAACGGCUCAGAGAUCGCGGCCAUCGGGUAGUGUUCGCCGUCGACAAGAAAUUUGCCGGACGACUGACCCCUCACGGCUUCGAAGAGGAGCACAUGUACUCAGAGAACAGCGAACUACCGCCGGGUGCUGUUGACCCAAUAUUUAUCAUGUUAAACGAGAAUAGCCAGAUAUUUGCCCAGGAACCUAUUAAGAUAGUUGAAUUUUGCGCUCAUGCCUUUGGCGCAAUGAUGGGUGAGGUACGCCAGAAAGAGACCCAGUAUAAAGCAGUUUUAGAUAGGGUUAAGCCCGAUGUGAUUGUCAUCGACUCAUAUAUGUCGUCGCCGGUUCUCAUGAAGUCCGGUAUACCCUGGGUAUGGCUGUACUCAGCCGGUCCGUUGGGAACGUUUAAUAAUGAUAAUCUACCGCCUGGUUGGUUAGAGUUGGAUUACAAAGAGUUGCAGCCAUUGGCCCACAACUGGCAUAGAGUGGACGGCUUUGUCCGCACAAUUCAUGACACGUUUGAGAUACCGGAAUGUCUGCGGGACAGACCGGGAAAGUUGAUCCUCCUAUCCAUGGGUUCUAUGGGCUGCGCUAUAGUAGACCUUAUGGUACGGUUGACCACAAUUCUGGGUCCACUGCAUGACAAGUAUUCACUGCCGGACAACAUGUGGGGCCAACCAUUCCUCCCGCAGACAGCGAUCUUACCAUUAGUUGAUUUAGUGCUAACACACGGCGGCAACAAUACUGUGACCGAGACUUUCUUUUACGGCAAACCAAUGCUUGUGUUACCACUAUUUGGUGAUCAGUACGACAACGCACAGCGCCUGCAGGAGACCGGUCUGGGCUUAAGACUCAAUCCUUUCCAUUGCACUGAAGAGGAAUUGUUGACAUCAAUCGACAAAUUUGUUAACGAUUCAGAUUUGGCUCAAAGAAUGAAAUCAAUUGGCGAUAGGAUUAGGGAAAGCAAUGAUAAGGAAGUGAUCGCCGAUUUUAUUGAAGAUAUUUAUUUGUCUCAUAAGAAAAUAAUGUCUCACAUCUCCACUCGAGCCAUACAUUGUGGCCAAUCGCCGGCCCAGUGGUCACACCGCGCGACUGUACCUCCUAUUGUCAACUCAACCACAUUUGAGCUCUCAAUACAACAAGUUUUUGAUGAGAACUUUGUGGGAAAU